UGGCCUGAGCUCGAAAAGAAAAAAGCAAGGGUCGAGCGGAAAACGAGGUUGCCCGUCCUGCCAAACCUCCGCGUUGGCGUGUCUCGCGGAUACCCUCUCACAGGCACUCGCUUUGCUGUAAAUACGCCUCAAGCCGCGCCCUUGGGGACCUUUGAGGUCCCCACAGGAACCGAGUUCGAGUUCGAGCGAGUUUCUCAGGCGCUGGGCCGCAUGUCCUCUCUUUUCCAGUUCGCGACCUUCUCCGUCGGACGCCGCCCUCAAUUCUCCGACUUCCUGGGCGUUUUUCUCCGCGCCCAGCCGCCUUUCCAACCAAGACCGCGGAUCCCGCGGGCAGCGCCGGCGGUCCUGGAGGUGUAUGUACACCGCAGAACCGCUAAUACUUCUGAUUGGUGGCGGAGACACCCGCUGGCGCUAGGGAAGGUGUCGAAGUCACUGCCUUUUUUCGCGGAGUGAUCCAUUUCAUCGAAGAAACACCCGGACUCUCGACUUCGACUCGUCUGAAUCUUCUUGUCUUCGUCGCCUCUUUCCGCCCUCGCCUUUCGUUUUUUUCCACUUCUUCCCAACAACUUCGGCACGAUGACUGUUCUAGACAAGGACGAAGUCUUCAGGCGGGCGGUCGCCGCCGUUCUUGCUCAGUGGACAAUUCUGAAUUUGGCAGUGGAGCACUCGUGGGGAGGCCGAGGACCCCAGCGGCGCCGCCAAGACCUCUAUGAGUGGAUUGUCAACACGUUCAGCACGAGUCGAGUUAACUCCACGUGGCUGGCGGGCGAGUUGAGCUUGAAGUUGGAAGGCAUGUUCCACGUGAUUGCUGAGGAUGAGUCCGACGUGGAAGUCGCUGAGCUUUUGGUGGCUCUGCACGCGAGCACGCGCCGCGGGGAUUUUUCUCUCGCGAAGGAGAUUCUGGAGAGACAUCAAAGUUGCGCCGCAGCUGCUUCGGUCGAUGGCUCGCGGCACCGACAGCCUGGCGCUCUGGGCGAGGAUGUAGAGGGAAAUGCAGGCCACAUGAGCGACUCGUCCUCAGAUCAAGAAUGUGACAUGGAGGAGGACCUCGCUGGUCUCAUGGCGAACGCCAGCAUGACGCCGAUUGGCUGCGAUGGUCCCCCAGCGACACGAACGCGAUCGCGGACAGCAGCUCGAGAAGCGGAGAACGCCCGCAAAGGCGAACCUGGGGAAGACGAAUGGAUUCAAGUUUCUCGCGGCAAUCGUCGACCGAGAGGUUAACGAGUGGAAAGGGGUGUGUUGAACGGUGCAUUUAGAUGAACGCAGUUUCUUUUGUGGUGACAGAAAUGCUGCCACGUGUAGCUCACGCACAUUUGCAGCUGGGGUCUGCAGACAGUCGGGCAGGUCUGCCGACUCAGGCCUGGCUGUUUGCCCGCCGUGCGUCGAGGCUGCUGUUUUAGGAAGAAGCGGGUUCCUGGAAGUUCGCGAACCAAGGGAAAGACCGUUGGAUCUCUCUGCUGGUAGAGAGCUCCGAAUGUUUUUGAAGAAAUGCAUGUGGGCAAUGGGUGAGCCGAGCGGUUUCACAGAGGGAGGCUCUCGGCGCCCGCGGACAUCUGGAAAGAAGUUAGGGUUACUGUCACAUGCACAGAACGCGAUGAGUAACAGAACGCGAUGAGUAACGGCGCGGAAAAGUCUGCCCACGGACGUAGCGACGGCAGUUCUGUCCGGGGAUCGUGGUCCGCUUUUGAGGCUCCGACUUGCGGACUAUAGUUUUGCGCAACUUUCCGUGGAAAGCGAAGGAAAACUCGACGCACGCUCGCCGAAAGGCUUUUUAACGAUUUUGCACUCUGGCGCUUCGCAUGGUUUGACGAACUGUGGUGAAGUCGUCGCUUUCCGUGCUCCUCGAGUGGAAAGACGCCCGAGUCUGCUCACGCUCUCACACAGACCGAAAACAAGUGCGCUGGUCACUGACCUACUACGCUGAAACGAAUCGGAUUCC